AUGGUUAGCGAUUCCAAAGAGAGAGAUUCGAUCAAUAGAUCAAAGAAACACGGAAUAAAAAGAGAAGUGCCAAAGGCCUCAUUAGUUCCUGUACAGCCGAAACCAUUAAGUUCGAAGGACAAGACCACAAAAAGACUCAUAGUUGUCCUUACACAAGCAUGUUUGGAGACACAAAAGGUGAGUAGUAGUGGUGGGCCAGGUCAUGACAAGUACGUAUUGCUCAACUGUGACGAUCAUCAAGGCCUAUUGAGAAAAAUGGGUCGUGAUAUCUCUGAGGCAAGACCUGAUAUUACACACCAAUGUCUAUUAACAUUGUUGGAUUCGCCAAUAAAUAAGGCAGGUAAACUGCAGGUCUAUAUUCAAACUGCGAAGAACGUGUUAAUUGAAAUCAACCCUUCUGUUCGUAUUCCUAGAACUUUCAAGAGAUUUUCCGGCUUGAUGGUCCAAUUGUUGCACCAACUAUCAAUCAGAUCUGUUGACUCUGAAGAGAAGCUAUUGAAGGUUAUUAAAAACCCAAUUACUGACCAUUUGCCUACAAAAUGCCGUAAAAUCACACUUUCCUUUGACGCCGAAGUUGUCAGACCACAAGAUUAUAUUAACAAGUUGGAUGAUGAUGAGAGUUUGUGCGUUUUUGUAGGUGCCAUGGCUAGAGGUAAAGAUAAUUUUGCAGAUGAAAUGAUUGACGAAAAAAUUGGUUUGUCCGAAUAUCCUUUAUCUGCUUCCGUUGCAUGUAGUAAGAUGUGCCACGGUGCGGAAGAUGCUUGGAACAUUUUAUAG